AUGAGACAAAUUGCUCACGGAGACAAGACUACAGUUAAUGAUCCUAGGUGUAUUGGUACUUCGAAUCCAAAAAAUGAAGCACUAAAGCCAUGGAAAGUGACUGUGCCACUGCGACCACUUAAUCAAGAAAUAUGUUGGGAUUCAAUUCAUGCAAAGUUUUUGAAAAGUUCUGGUCAGCAUUCGACUGUAUCUGAAAAAGAGAACAGCAUAGAUACACAGAAUGUAACGCGAACAUUACAUAAGAAAAUGAAGCAUAGUACAACUGUUAGCAAUGAUUUGUCAUGUUAUGGAUUUACGCGUGAUAAUGACUUGAAAAAAACUUUGUCUUAUAUGGAGGAGAAAUUUACCAGUACGUCCGAAGAACUUCAAGCAGCAGAAGAAGAGUUAGCAGAGCUAAGAGUUGCUUUGAGCAAUGCUAAUCGAACGAUCAAGAUUUUACGUAUGAAAAAUGCGGAACAGGCGGAUAAAAUCAAAUUUUUGACUGCGGAGAAGCAAAAAAAUAACUCAUCACUGAAAAAGCAUAAUAACGAAGUAUUCUUUGUGAAACAUGGUCCAAACAGAGAUCUUCAAAAACUGGUUAAUGAACUUAAGGAGGAGAAAAUGGCAUUGAAUUUGGCUUUAGAAAAUAGUAAAGCAGAAGGAUCAAAAUUUGUACUGGAAAAUAAUCGCUUAAAAAUUAUUAUUGAGGAAGAACGUAAAGAAUGGGACCAAAUGCAGAAGGAUCUGCUGGUUGCCGUAAAAGUAGCAAAUGAUUUUAAAAUGGAUGCACAGAAGGAGAUGUUCAAGUUAUCAGAAAAGAUAACAGAACUACAAAGAAGACGACAAAGUGCAGCAUUUACUGCUCAGCAAAGAUCGUCAGCGGUCAUAUACGAAAAGAAUUUUCAAAGCUGGGAAGAUAAAGCUUGGCAGAGAUUGAUGCUUGGUUGUGAGCGUGGGUCACGACGUAAUACUCUUCUUCGGUGGUGUCAAGAAGCAGUUGCUAAAUUUCCACAUGUUGAGAUCACCAACUUUAGCAGCAGUUGGGCGGAUGGCAGAGCUCUGUGUUGCUUGUUGGCUUCUUUUUAUCCUAACAAACUGAGCAUCGAUGAAAUUUUUACCCUGGGAGCGGAGGAAUGCUUAACACUGGCUCUUAAUGUUGGUGCUGGUAUAGGUGUAGAAGUGAAGAUAAAAGUGGCUGAUUUUAGAAAAGAGGAUCGUCCAGAGUGGUCUCUUAUUAUGAAGUAUAUUCUCAAUUUAUACUAUGUUAUUUCGGAUGGAUCUCAUUGUUGA